GUGGCGGGGUCAGCUGGCUGGCAGUUGCGUUUUGGUAGUGCACAUCUAAGGAAGUAAAAAUCUGGAAAAAAAUGUGGAAAUUCGCUUUGUUGUUGGUGUUUAGCCUAAGUGCCGCUGUUACUGCUACCGGGGGCCUUGAGUCCCGCAUUGUGGGCGGUGUAGAGGAGUCAAUUGCUGCCAGCCCCCACCUUGUGUCGUUGCGUUACAAAAAAAAUCAAUCAUCUCCCUUUGAACAUCGUUGUUCGGGCACCAUCUAUUCCGAGAGCAUUGUACUGACCACAGCCACCUGUGUCAUUGGUCUGGAGGCAAAUCACAUACACGUUUUAGCCGGUUCCACAUAUCGUACCGGCCAGGAUAGCCCCUUGUAUUUGGUGGAGAAAUAUCUUCUGCAUCCGGACUAUAACAUUUGGUUUACCGACAACGAUUUGGCUUUGGUGAAAUUGGCCUUUGCCUUAUCACCAUUUCCCACCAAGGAAAUUGCCUCAAUCCCAGUGGCAGAUACCCUACCACCGUCUGGUAAUGUGGCCACAGUUUCUGGUUGGGGUACAACUGUUGCCGAGGCAAAUGCCGAAUAUUCCGAUAGCCUACAGAUGGCUCAGGUUUCAGUGGUGGAUCAGGCGGAAUGUCGUCAGAUUUAUGGUGGAAAUCGCAUUACGGAUGCCAUGAUGUGUGCCGGUGCUGGAGACACUGCCGAUGCCUGCCAUGGUGAUGCCGGCGGUGCUUUGGUCUAUCAGGGAGCGGCCGUUGGUUUGGUAUCAUGGGGACGUGAUUGUGCAAAUGCCGAGUAUCCUGGUGUCUACACGAACUUGGUCCACUUCAAAUCGUGGAUUGAAAGUGAGGCAGGAAAAUUGUAAAAAUGUUUUUUUUUUUCUAAAAAAAUAAAUUUUGAAAAUAAGAA